AUGGAUGAUGAAAGUCCGGCCGUGACGGGCCUGGUGUCCAUUCUCAGUGCGCUGUUUGGUGUGCUGACUGUGUUGUUCUCAUACACCUGGUCAUUCAUCUACACUCUGCUUUAUUGGCUUGCAUUGCCCCUGCUUUACCUGGGCCGUGGUCUGCUCUCUAUCACUCUAUUUCCAUUGCAGAUCCUGCUGAAAUUUGAGGCAUUCCUGACAUUCGUGACGGGCGCUGUUGUCACUGGAGCCACAGUAGGCGUAUGCCUAUACUUUGCUGGAGACUCCUUGUCACAAUUCCUCCGAAUACAGCCAUCAAUUCAAAACGCUCCUUCAACUGAAUUGGCAGAGCCCAAAGAUCAAUCUUACGACUGGGAGUCUAAAAUGUUCAUGUCGUCAACGAUCUUAGAGGAAGAAGAGAACAGCCACGAUAGCCAGGACUCCAGGUAA